AGCUGCGGAGUUGUGGAGUCAUGGCGGAGCUCCGCCGCACCUCUGAUCAUUGGAGUUACGGCGAGAAUUAGUGAUAAACUGUCAAACUUUCUAACAAAUUUAAAAUGAUCGAAAGUGAGUUAAAGUUACGAGCGCCGUCAAACCACCGCCAAUCGAUUUGAAACCGAGAACUGGCAAAGAUGUGAGACUCUCCGGAGCUGAAGAAGAAGAAGAAGAAGAAAAACCGUUGGAGUCUCUCCUAAAGUCGCAAAGAUGGCUUCUUGCUUCUUUCAAUCUCACACAAAAAACUCUUUAACAGGAGCGUCGUUGUUUUCAGCGCUUUGUGUCGUUCUGUAGCGGGCGGACCGGACCGGGUGUGAUGGAUCCCAAGCACAAAGAGUUGUUAGAGCAGUGCCAGGAAAAGUUGUCGGAGUCCGUCACAGAUGUGGACCGGGUUCUGGAGCUGCUGGCCCAGUCAGGGAGUCUGAGCCCGGCCGAGCGAGCGGAGCUCGACAGAAACUGCUCCAGCUCCGCCGAGAAGGUCCAUCUGCUCCUCAAGACUCUGGUGGAGAAGAAGGAGAGGGAUCACUUCCAGGAGUUCUGCUGGGCUCUGGAGAAAACCCACCCGGUGCUGCUCAGCGCUCUGCUGCCUGCGAACAACCACAACAACACGGGAUCCACGUGCAGCGUCCUGUCUGCGAUGCCGUCGGACUCGGAGAGCAGCAGUUCUCUUAGCAGCGUUGCAUCCUCACCCCCUCCUGCACACCCGGAGAAGCGUGUGAUGAGUGAGAAACUGGAGACGGUGAUCUUCCAACUCCGCCAGGUGACCCGUGAACGAGACGACCUGCGCAAGAGACUGGCGCUCUCCUCACCCGGCACCACCUUUGACGACUGCAGACCGAGUGUGAAGCCGGGUCACGAUUACGAGCGUCUGAAGCUUCAGUGCAUGAAGGCCAUGUCAGAUCUACAGUCUCUCCAGAACCAGCACACCAAAACCCUGAAGAGAUGCGAGGAGGCCGUGAGAGACGCCGAGUACUACCACACUCUUCACGGACGUGUGGUUGGUGAACAGACUCAUCUGCGGGACGAGAUGGAGGCGGUGAAGCAGAACUACUCUCAGCUCAUCCAGCAACACUCGCAGCUGCAGCAAACCUGCGACGAACUGCACCGGAUACACGACAGCGACCAGAGAGAGGCUUCAGACAUGCGCCUGCUGCAGCAACAGGUCAUGAGGGAGAACGGCUCCUCAGACCUGCUGAAUAAACUUUACGACACGGCCUUAAACAAGCUGGAGGGGACGAAGAAAGAGUACGAUGCACUGAGGAAACGAUUCAACGAGAAAACGGCGAGUCACAACGCUGAUCUGAGCCGCCUGGAGGCGAUGGAGGAGGAGAACAGACGUCUCCAGAAACAGCUGGACGUUCUGUUGAAGCAGAGAGACUCUGCGCUUCACUUCCAGCAGCAGUACGGCGGAUCCGUCAGGAGGUUUGAGAGUCUCCAGCAGGAGCUGAAUAAGAUGUCCGCUCAGAACGAGGAGCUGCAGAGGGAAACUGAGCGUCUUCAGAUGGAGAACACGCGCUAUAAGACGCUGCAGCUGAAGGCGGUGAAAGACGGCGAGAAGCUGAAGGAGGAGAGAGACUCCGUGUUAAACGAGUACAGACUGAUCAUGAGCGAGAGAGAUCAGGUCAUCAAGGAGGUGGACAAGCUGCAGACCGGACUGGAGGCGGCCGAGGCCAAACUCAAGAACACGUCUGGCGAGAGGAGGGUGGCCAGCGACGAGAUUGAGGCUCUUAGACAGGAACUGAACUCCGCACUGCUGGACCGGGACCGGGCGAUCCGGGAAAAGACGGAGCUGCUGGAGAAGUACUGUCACGAGGUGCAGGACAAGGUGGAGACGCAGAAGGAGCUGAGCCAGGCCUGUAAAGACAUCGAGAUGGUGCGAGAGGAGCGCGACGUGGCCCGCAAAGAGCGAACCGAGGCCAUUAUCCAAAGAGACCAGCUCCUGAGAGAGUAUUACCAGGCCAGACAGAAGCAGGACAGUGCAACGCUGGACAUUGAGCGCGUCAGUAAGGAGCUGGAGGUGCUGAGGAAACAGUGCGAGGCCGUUUCCGAGGAGCUCCAGGAGGCCGUGCAGGAGGCGGAGGUGGCGAAAUGCAGGAGAGAUUGGGCCUUUCAGGAGAGAGACAAGAUCGUAGCAGAGAGAGAGAGCAUACGGACGUUGUGCGAUAACCUGCGACGCGAGAGGGACCGAGCUGUUAGCGAUCUCGCCGACGCUCUGAGAAACCUCGACGACCUGCGGAAACAAAAGAACGACGCGGUGCGAGAACUGAAGGAGCUCAAGGAAUGCAUGGAGGAGCAGCUGGAGAAGGAGGCACGUUUUCGCCAACUGAUGGCCCACAAUUCUCACGACUCUGCUAUCGAUACGGACUCGCUGGAGUGGGAAACGGAGACGGUGGAGUUUGAGAGGAGUGCGGAGGACAUGGAUUUGAGUGCUUUUGGUUUUGAUAUUGCCGAGGGGGUGAGCGACUCGUAUCUACCCGGGGAUUAUGGGAUAUUCGUGAGCAAGGUGGACAAAGGAAGUAUUGCGGAGGGCAGGUUAAGAGUGAACGACUGGUUGUUGAAGAUAAAUGAUGUGGAUCUGGCCAAUAAGGACCGGAAGCAGGUCAUAAAGGUGGUGUUCAGUGGAGGCGGGCUCAUCAACAUGGUGGUCCGCAGGAGGAAGUCUCUUGGAGGAAGGAUGGUCACCUCUGUUCAUCUUACACUGGCAGGGCAUAAAGAUUGUGGUGUUGGGUUGGAGAGCGGCAUGUUCGUAUCGUCUGUUUCUCCAGGCAGUCCUGCAGCCAGGGACGGUUCGGUGUGUCCGGGCGAUCGGGUUCUCAAUAUAAACGGAAUUUCACUGGAUAAUAAAUCAGUGAGUGAAUGUGAGACUCUCCUGCGGAGCUGCAGAGAUUCGCUGUCUCUUUCCCUCCUGAAGUUUUUCCCACAGAGUCUGUCGGGUCAGAGUAUCGCCGAGAGCCAGCGUGACUGCGAAAGGAACUCAAACGGGAAGUCGGCCGAUCACCUGCGGCCCUGCAGAAAGCAGCCCACCAGCAACCACUCCGCCCAUAAAGACCCGUACAGCCCGACACGUGACGUCGAGAGCGAGCGCGCUCAGCGUGCCUCUCUGUAUCGCUCAGACCCGUAUCACGAGAUCUGCCUGCAUCACAACUCCAAACGACCCCUCACCUUUCACCCCGUUUCCCCCGGCGACUGCAUCACCGCAGAGGAGAGGCGGAAACAAAGCGGCGGCACGUGGCCGAAAAUGGUCGCGGUUGCUAUGACGACUGCGGACAGCAUCCCGCCGCUCUCUAUUUUUAAGACCCCAAAGAAGCGGAAGUCGAUAUUUGACGCAGACAUGUUCAAGCGGCCGGAGACGACGCCGUCCAAGCUGGACUACCUCAGUCUGUCCCAGAAACAUUCCCCGCAGAGCUCGUGGGCCGAGGGGUCGCCACAGAUGCCGCCCGAGCCGCCCAAGCGCAGCGACUCCUUCAAGUUCAAACACAAACCGCAGGGAAGCUCCGCCUCCGAUUCCACCAUAACCACCGGCUCACCCCCGGCCACGCCCAUUCAGACCACGCCCACAGACCAAACCACGCAUGACUUUGAUAAUCGAGACCGCAACGGGAAUGUGGUUCAGAGACAGGGGUCGGGGGAAGCGUCUGGACAGGGCGCGGAUGAAGCGGAGAUGAGGAGAGGAAGACCGAACUCUGCACCCGCUCAGCGCCGGAGCCUCACGCCCCUGAAGAUGCCCUUCCCACAGAGCUUCUCGCACGAGGACCACUCUCCUGAGCCUGUGGAUCUGGUUCGGUUCUCUCCUUUCCGCUCAAAUCGGCACAGUUCAGGCUUCUCACCCGCGCAAGCACACACCACUCCCAGAACACUGUCUCCCUACCCGGCCGUCACCGCAGUCAUGAGGAACCCAGUGUACAAGGCCUGGAGUCACUGUGUCAAAACCACUAACCCCUCUUCAGUUCCUGCUCACACAUACACUCAAGUCAGUCCGCAGCACCAGGGCCGAUGGAGUGUGGAUCUCAACCACAAGUGCUCCGGUGAACUCUACGACGGCUCGCGCGGCUCGGGACAGCACAACACCAACUCCCUGCCCUCCAGCGCCAGACUGGGUUUGUCUCAGUACCGCGAGCAGCGCAUUAAGAUUCCCUCCACCCCUCGCUACGCUCGAUCCGUUCAUGGCUCUGAUAGAGGAUCACUAUCUCACUCUGACUGCAGCAGCCCAAGUCUCGUGACUCCGCCCCUUUCUCCUCUGGACGCCGCCUCCUUCACCAGCAGCCAAUCACAGGGCUCCAUCUCCGCCCACACCAGGCUGUCAGUCAGCCCUGUGCCAAUAGAUAGGAGAAGGGACAGGCCGUACAUAGAAGAGCCACGAUGUGUCACUAUCCCCAAAGGGGCGGAGCCUCUGGGCAUCUCCAUCGUGGGCGGGGAGAAUGGUGGGAUUUUUGUUUCCAAGGUAACGGGGGGCAGCAUUGCUCAACAGCACCACCUGGAGUUUGGAGAUCAGCUGCUCGAGUUUAACGGCAUUAAUCUCAGGAACGCCACGGAGCAGCAGGCGAGACUCAUCAUUGGGCAGCAGUGUGACAUCAUCACCAUACUGGCACAGUACAACCCACACAUGUACCAACUGGGCAAUCACUCUCGCUCUAGCUCCCGGAUGGAGUCGUCCAUAAGCUCUCACUCCACGCCCGGGACGCCCGAGACGCUCAGCGAACAGGACGAGGGCACCGUAACUCCGCCCUCCAAACAGGCCACGCCCACAUCCAGCCCUCAUAGCGCCGGCAGGGAUUGGAGUGAGGGCAGGAAACAUGCGGAGCCGAGGCAGGUGGUGCUGAGGAAGACUCAGGUGGACCCGGGGUUGAAGAUCUGCGGAGGGAACCUGACGGGGGUGUUUGUUGAGGGCCUCGAAGAGGACGUCGACGGCCUGCAGCCUGGAGACCUCAUACUGGAGUGUAACUCGGUAAGUCUGAAGAAUAAGACCGCUGAGGAGGUGUACCUAGAGAUCCUGAAACCCGCGGAGAACGUCGUCCUCAGAGUCCAGAACCGACCCGAACACUUCAGGAGGGCCAAAGGCGCACCAGGAGACGGGUUUUACAUCCGGGCUUUAUUUGACCAUGUUGGUGAUUCAGAGCAGGAGUUGAGUUUCAAGAAGGAUGAUAUCCUCUACGUGGACGACACACUGCCCAGGGGGAAUUUCGGCUACUGGUUGGCAUGGCAACUGGACGAGAACGCACAGAAACUGAUGCGCGGACAUGUGCCCAGCAAGUGCAUGAUGGAUCAAGACUCCCAGCGGCGGUACAGCAUCACAGACGCUAAGGACGAGAGCGGUUCUGGUAAAACGGUCUCAGCCGCGGCGCGCCGGUCGUUCUUUCGGCGUAAACUCAAACACAAACGCAGCAGCUCUAAAGACGCCCGUGACGCUCCUGCGUUAGACACCGUCAGCACAGACUCAGUGCUGUUCAUGGAGGACUGUGUAAGUCCGGCCUAUCAGCGCGUGCAGAAACUGGAAUCAGCCAAUCGCAGGCCGGUGUUGAUACUGGGGCCUCUUGUUGAGCCAAUCAAAGACAUGCUGCUCAGAGAGGCUCCUGGGAAAUACUGCCGCUGUUUACCUGAGGGGAUGAAGGCGACCCAGCAGGCCAUCGAGCGCGGCGUCAAAGACUGUCUCUUCAUCGAUUACAAGCGCAGGAGCGGACACUUCGACGUCACCACUGUGGCCUCCAUUAAAGAAAUCACAGAGAAGGAGUGCCACUGUCUUCUGGACAUCGCUCCUCACGCCAUCGAGCGGCUGCACGUCGUCAACAUUUACCCCAUCGUCAUAUUCAUACGCUACAGAAACGCCAAGCAGAUCAAGGAGCAGAAAGACCCGGUGUAUCUGCGAGACAAAGUGUCACAAAAACAUUCCAAAGAGCAGUUCGAGUCGGCGCAGAGGAUCGAUCAAGACUACAGCAAAUACUUCACAGGUGUCGUCCAGGCCGGCAGUCUGUCCAACAUAUGCACUCAGAUCAUGGCCAUCGUGGACCAGGAGCAGAACAAAGUCCUGUGGAUACCUGACGGAAGCACGUGAAGAAACACACACACACACACACACACACAUCUUUCACAAUAAUAACAAGGCCUCGCUAGCAAUCUCACACUGUUUCAACACUCCACUGCUGUAAAACUCACUAGGGCUGGGCUCUGUGGCAUGUUUCAGUCAAUAUUAAGCGUUUAAUAUUAUAUAUUAUUUGGUCUGAUUGGAGGAUUAGUUGGCAUCAUCACUCACAGAAUGCUCAUAAAUGUCCCUUUGUAGUUUUCUGUAAAUAUCGCUGUUUAUUAUCGCCCAGCCCUGAACAAACUCUCAGGCAACGACGACCACAACUGUAUGUGUCGUUUGCGACGUGAGCGGGCAGCAAUAUCAUGUUUUCUCUGUGGUAACACUAAUUUAUGAGGGCUUUCAUGUAGUUCUUCAUGUUUACAGAGUUGAUGUUUAUGAACCAGCUUACUUGAACGUUUAACUUCAUGUAUCUGUCCGAUCCAAGCUUAGGUCCACACAGACGCUCAAUUUACGAGUUGGGUUUGUUUUCCGAUCGCUGUGCUGAAGGAUUCGUUCACCUGGAAAUCAACGUCAUUUGAUGUUCGAUGAACAACAGCAGAUGUUCGGGCUGCUCUUUUCCACACGGCACUGCAAAAAAAGCCUUUUUACUCAGUAUUUGUGUCAGUCUGAAUGUCAAAAAAUCCCUAAAUCAAGAUGCCUCUACUAGAUGAGUGAAAUAACGUAAGAUGUCGAUAACAAAUUAAUCAGAAUUAAGUGAGU